GCUGCGCUUUGCUGCGCUGCGCAGCGCCGUGCUCCAAGCCCCAAUACUUUACACAGGGUCAUUUCAGGAGACCUCUCUGAGGAACGGCAGCAAGCCCCAGGCCUCGCCCUUGGGUCACGCCUCCUCCUCUCCGUGGCCGCACCCACCUACCCCGCCCCUGCAGCUCCUGACUGUGAGUCUGGCUGUUACAUCAUCAUCGGGCGCCAGGUCUGGCUUUUCUAUUUGCCUUGUGUCUCUGCGACUCUCUUUAGGGUCCAUGUGGUUUUCUUCAGGUGAUUCUGGACGGUCCCAGGAGGGGUGUGACGAAAUCCAAGAAAUUUUCAUUGAGGUCCGGGUGUCUGCGCGGACCUCAGGGCCUAUCAGAGACAUAAGGCGGAGUCGCUAUAAUCAUUUCUAACACCAGUUUCAAACUACUUACUUUUGGAUAACAGCCCAAUUAUAUGAAAUUAUGGCUGGUUAUAAGCCUGCAGCUAUUCAGACAUAUCCUAUACUUGGUGAAAAAAUCACCCAAGAUACACUGUAUUGGAACAACUAUAAGACUCCUGUUCAGAUCAAGGAGUUUGGUGCAGUGUCAAAAGUAGACUUUUCUCCGCAGCCUCCAUACAAUUAUGCUGUCACAGCUUCUUCAAGGAUUCACAUUUAUGGCCGGUACUCCCAAGAACCUAUAAAAACCUUUUCCCGAUUUAAAGACACAGCCUACUGUGCUACUUUUCGACAGGAUGGCAGACUGCUCGUGGCUGGCAGUGAAGAUGGUGGAGUUCAGCUUUUUGAUAUAACUGGGAGGGCUCCCCUCAGGCAGUUUGAAGGCCAUACUAAAGCAGUUCACACAGUGGAUUUUACAGCUGACAAAUACCAUGUGGUUUCUGGGGCUGAUGAUUAUACAGUUAAAUUAUGGGAUAUUCCAAACUCCAAAGAAAUUCUGACGUUCAGAGAACAUUCUGACUAUGUGAGGUGUGGAUGUGCUAGCAAACUGAAUCCAGAUCUCUUUGUAACAGGGUCCUAUGAUCAUACUGUGAAGAUGUUUGAUACACGAACAAACCAGAGUGUGUUCUCUGUUGAACACGGGCAGCCAGUGGAGAGUGUCCUGCUUUUUCCUUCUGGAGGUCUUCUGGUAUCAGCAGGAGGUCGUUAUGUUAAAGUCUGGGACAUGCUAAAAGGGGGACAGUUGCUAGUGUCUUUGAAGAAUCAUCAUAAAACCGUGACAUGUUUGUGCCUGAGCAGCUCUGGACAGAGGUUACUCUCUGGGUCGCUGGAUAGGAAGGUGAAAGUAUAUAGCACAACUUCCUACAAAGUAGUCCACAGUUUCGAUUAUGCAGCUUCAAUUUUGAGUCUUGCACUUGCACAUGAAGACGAAACAAUAGUUGUGGGAAUGACCAAUGGGAUACUGAGUGUUAAACAUCGGAAAUCUGAGCCCAAGAAGGAUUCUCUCCCCAGAAGAAGAAGGCCUGCAUACCGAACUUUUAUUAAAGGAAAAAGUUACAUGAAACAAAGGGAUGACAUUUUGAUCAACAGGCCAUCAAAAAAACACUUAGAAUUGUAUGACAGGGACCUGAAAAAUUUCCGGGUCUCCAAAGCCCUUGACAGAGUUCUUGAGCCCAGCUGUACAGUAAAGACGCCCGAGAUUACAGUUUCCAUCAUAAAGGAGCUAAAUCGAAGAGGAGUCCUGGCCAAUGCCCUUGCGGGUCGGGAUGAAAAAGAAAUUAGUCGUGUUCUUAAUUUUUUGAUAAGGAAUCUCUCCCAGCCAAGAUUUGCUUCUGUUUUGAUCAAUGCUGCUGAAAUAAUUAUUGAUAUAUAUCUGCCUGUGAUUGGUCAGUCACCUGUAGUUGAUAAAAAGUUUUUGUUACUUCAAGGACUUGUAGAAAAAGAGAUUGAUUACCAAAAAGAACUGCUGGAAACCUUAGGGAUGAUGGAUAUGCUUUUUGCUACCAUGACGAGGAAAGAAAGCACUUCUGUGUUGCAGCACACACCUGAUGAGCUUCUAGAGAGCAAGAAAGUGGAGUCAUAGUGCCUGCAUCGUGAGACGCACAAGACCUGCUAGCUUGAGACAUUUGAUUCCAUUAACUGAGGGAAAGAGAAUCUCCUUGACACAGUUUUAAAAGACUACUUAUAGAAGCAAUCUUAGAAAGAGACUGGACUAACUAUGAUUGGAAAAUACGUACCUGUUUUACGACAUGGUUUCCCACGUCAUAGUUUGAAUUACUUCAUGGCAUUUUUGGCUAGACAAUCUCAAUUUUCUUAGUCUUAGUGCGUGUCCACCUUCGACAAAUUGAUAUCAGUUUUAAUAUGGCUAAGUUCUCUGUCAGCGUUGGGGUGGGCAUUCAGGACUGGAGAGAGGGAUUCAACUGGGAAUCCGGCCAAGGAACAGGCCUUUAUUUUUCAGUCCUAUUCUGGGGGGUGGAAAACAACAAAACUGGCAACACAGAGUCUUUAAUCAGUGCCCUCGGGAUUUCCAGGCACCAGCCGAGCUCGCCGCUCCAUUAUCCUAGGUCCCACGUUCUACUUCAGCUGGUAACGGGUCUGUUACUGUUUCAUGUGUGGCAAAUCACCAGCCGGCUCUGAAUAACUGAUGCCAGUUAGACACGGAUUCAGAGAGAGAGAUGAGGCAGAUUUGAUACUUAAAAACUGCUUGUCACCCAGGUUUCCUUUUUAUUUGUUAUUUCUUUCAUCUUGACUGCCUUUAUCAGAAGGUCUACAAAUAGACCUUAUUGGACAACAGUUUUUUUUCUUCUUCCCUUUAAUAGGCAGUCUUUCUACCAAUGAAAAGUUGCCAUUUCUCUUGUAAUAAAUAGCCCAUCAGCCUUUUACACAUGUGUUUGGAACCUAUGUUGUAGCUGCCUGCCUCUCUGGAAACUGUUUUCUCUGGUCUGUGUUUAGAUUUUUUUUUUUCUUUACACAAUCACCUUGUGUUUCUGAACCCAAGCCUGAGUAGCUGGCUUUGGAAAAAAGCUGUAUUUUUUAAAGGUUCAGUAUAAAUCACACCUUUUAAUAACGAGAUUCUUAUUUCUCUCUUGGUUUUCUGAGAUGUAUCAGUUCCAGUUGGACAGGCACUGACUGGCUGUUUCCACACUUGCUACCUCUUCUAUCUUCCCCCAGUUCCUGUCCCACCCCGAGUUAAUUAUCUAUAAGGAAAUACACCUUGGGCUAGAAGAACCUUUAGUUAAAGGAAAUUUUUGUAAUGGGAAUGUCCUCUUAAAAUUUUAGAUUUGUGAAUUUGGGCUUUUUUUUUUAAGUAGGAAAAAUACUUCUGUGUUGUGGUAAGGGCAUAUGCUCAAACAAGGGGGCUAGGUUCCGUCAUGAAUUGACUUGAGCAGGCAUACAGCACAGUGGCUCGUAAGGAGUCAGGACAUUGCUUAACCCUUGUAAGUAUGAGAUUAGUCAAGCUCAUAAACUGGUCAUGUUGAGAAGUGUUAAUUUAUAUAAAUAAGUUUUGUAUUUAAAAGCAUUUU